AUGCCGAAGCAGAUCACGGAGAUCAGGUCGUUCCUGCAGAUCGCGCGCCGCAAGGACGCCGCUCGGUCGGACGAUCGCAUGCCGAAGCAGAUCACGGAGAUCAGGUCGUUCCUGCAGAUCGCGCGCCGCAAGGACGCCGCUCGGUCGGACGAUCGUGACCAGAAGCAACCGGAUGGCAGAGACAGCGGCCACGAAAGGGAUCAGCAGGAUGCCCGGUCGGUGAAGAUCAAGAAGAACGGCGCCGAGACCAAGUUCAAGAUCAGGACAUCUGAGGGGCGGGCGCUGGUCACCCGCGGCGGGCGGCGCCAGGGGCAGAAAAGCAGCGCGCUGAACCGCGUCUUCGCAAACGUCAUCACUUGCUUCGCACCGCUACAAGUCGAUGUGAUCAGAGCGCUGUUCGUGUGGAUGGGAAGAGCGGGCAUCGGCGCUAUGAUGGCACCGGCGUUCGUGUCGCCAGCUGUGGCACCCGCGCAGCCUUGCGCGCCACCACGGAGCGCCUCUUCGCACGCUGCUGCACCCGCGGCGAGCCUCGCCAGUGCAGGCGCAGGCGCAGGCAGUCAAAGAUUGCUGGGCGGCGCCAGCGCCACCAUGGCGCUGUUCCUCUUCGGGUCCAAGGCCGUGGACAAGAAGCGCGCCCGCGCGCGCGGCAUCAACAGGGGAUCACGUUCGACUUUGUCUGCAGUUGCGACUCUGGCUAGGGACGCGGCGACUGAGACUACGAGCAAGUUCUCGUUGGAGAAGUACCUGGUGGAUAUGAAGACCAAGGUGGACGAGGCGCUGGAGAAGUCCAUCGUCUCGGAGUGCCCGGAGGACAAGCGCUUUGUCGAGGCCAUGAGGUACAGCUUGCUCGCAGGCGGCAAGCGGGUGCGCCCCGUGAUGUGCAUCGCGGCGUGCACGAUGGCCAGGAAGCGGUCUGGCAAGGACACGGCUCCAGGGUUCUACCCAGACGAGGAGACCCUCAAGAUCGCUAUGCCUACGGCAAUAGCGCUGGAGAUGGUGCACACCAUGUCGCUGAUUCACGACGACCUCCCCGCGCUGGACAACGACCCCCUCCGACGCGGCAAACCCACCUGCCACGUGAAGUUCGGCGAGGACUGUGCGAUUCUCGCAGGGGACGCCCUGCUGAGCGAGUCGUUCGCCCAGAUCGCCAACCACACGCCGCAGGACAAGGUGCCGGCCACGCGGAUCGUCGAAGUAGUUCGGCGUUUGGCAGAGUGCGUCGGCCGACUCGGACUGGCCGCUGGGGAGAUGAUGGACUUGGAGUACGAGGACAAGGAGGCCACACUCGAUGAACUUCGCUGGAUCCACUUGAAGAAGACAGCGGCCCUGCUCCAGUGCGCGGUGUGCGCGGGCGCCGUGCUGGGCGGCGCGGACCUGGAGACAGACGUGCGGAAGCUCGAGGCCUACUCAACGAAUAUCGGCCUGGCCUUUCAAGUCCAGGACGACAUCUUGGACAUCACCGCUUCAUCAGAGGAGCUGGGUAAGACCGCGGGAAAGGACCUGGAGCAGGACAAGACUACCUACCCGAAGCUGAUGGGCUUAGACGGCGCCAAGCAGGUGGACUCGAGGGUCUGCGACCUUCUCGCCGAGAUGCAGUGGAGCGGGAGCGGUGCACUAGCUGCGCACGGUGGUGACGGGCCCGCGGUCGCGAUGCAGGAGCCCGUCUGGCUGCUCGCGGUCAUGGUGCUGGAGCCCAUCGUGCUGCGCGCGGUCGAGCUGCUGGGGUCCGUCGCGCUGCUCGCGACGUUGUUGAUGGGGUAUUUCGUGCUGCUCGCGGUCGCGCUGCGGGGAUCAGUCGCCCUGUUCCCGACGGUGUUGCUGGCGCCCGCCCCGCUGCUCACAGCGAUCCUGCACGUCGGGCCCGACGAGGCCCGGUCCGCCCGCCCCGCGGGCGCCCGCAUGGGCGGCGGAGGCCCUGGCAGGCAGAUCGCGCUCUCCGGGAACUCCGGCAUGGAGCCACGGUACGGCGUGAAGAUAGCGGUCGGCUCCACGGCAGCGGGGAUGAGGCCGCCGGAGGCGGGCCUGUGGCACCAGGUCCCCGGUUACGACGAGGACGACUCCGACGGGUCGGACCAGGAGGAGCGCGAGGUGAUCGAGACGGGCGACGAGCGGCUGUACGACCUCACUGCCGCGCUCGGGCACCGCUGGGUCGACCGCCCCGCGAUCAGGUUCUCGCCGCCGCCGAUGCCGGCGAAGGAUCCCAUGUCGGGCGCUGCGCCCCAGGUCCUGCCUGGCACUCGGCGAUGGUCGGCGUACUCGCAGACGCCCUCUUUCCGUCUCGAGCACGCUGAGGCGCCCGUCAUCCGCGAGACCUUCCAGUCGAACGGGCUAGUCGAGACCUCGGAGAGGGACUUCGUGAUCCAGUGGUCUGGGCCCGGCAUGCGCGAUUCGGUAUACCAGUCGUUGACCGAGUUCCAGAAGGUCAACCACUUUCCUGGCUCCUCCGAGAUGACCCGCAAGGACCGGUUGGCCAUGAACUUCCGCCUUAUGACGAAGGCGUUCGGCAAAGGAGCCUUCGACUUCCUGCCUGAGACGUACUGCCUGCCACAGCAGAUCGACGAGUUCAUGGCGUGCUUCGAGCGCACCAGGGGCCUCUGGAUCGUGAAGCCCAGCGCCUCGUCGAGGGGCCGCGGCAUCUUCGUGCUGCGGGACCCCGCGGAGGUUCCUGCAGACGAUCGCGUCGUGGUGUCCCAGUACAUCCCGGACCACUGCUGA